AUGGAUCACUUACCCCAACCGAACACUACCACUCCGACCCCUCUUCAGGUCCCUUUCCUCGCCCGCAUCGAGUACAAUGUUGGAGAUUUCUGGUUGUUGUAUAACCGGUAUGACAGGGAAGGUCUACAGUACAGCGCUGAAGAGGUUGCAUCAUUCAUUCAGUCAUGGCUAUAUUUUGGUCUCUUAGCAGAAUUCGCUGGGAGGCCGAUCGACCCGAAAACAUUCUUGCGCCGUGAGGCGUCGGAAGACGGGACGGUCGCCGACUUUGUGUCCCUUCUCCCUUUGAAAGACUUAGGUCUUCAGCUCCGGCCGCUACAAUACACGGAGCAUAGUGACGACGACCAAGACAUUUACGACUUACCAGAAGAACAUGAUGUUUCAGAGCUAUCCCAUCUUCAAGAGCUUCUGAAAUCUGCAAGAUGGAUUUGCAUUGGCAUUGAGAAGAAAGACGAAUAUCGUUUAUCACCUGGACCCUUACCAGCCGUUCUUCUGUCUAUUAGAGUCCUGAUCGACACACUACAGUUCGCGUGUCUGGGAGCCAAAGCUGACAGUAUACGACCCCACGGAUGGGGUUUGCCUGAAUCAGCUUUAACAGUUCAGUUCAUUACUCGGUUGAUGACGUCAAACGGAUGGUGUAUAUACCAGAUCAAUCAUGUUUUACGCACCUUCUACUCCCCACUGGUUUGGUACAUUGCGCAGAUCCAGCGACACUAUCGACCCGAAAUUACCCAUGACGAGUGCACGAGAGAUGCAUGUACUGCAUUCAAUAUCAAUCCAAACACUUAUCAGACACGUCAUACGCAACCCAAUUGUUCAUGUGCAUUCAUCUCAAUUCCCACCGACGAAAUGAGAAGAAUAAUUAAGCAAGGAGGAAUCCCUCUCGCAUUUUUGAAGCGAAGCAGUGUCACAGGGAAGAUCUCGUUGGGUGUGAAAGCUGCAUGUGCCACUGAUUCAUACGUUGCAUUUUCUCACGUAUGGUCAGAUGGUCUGGGAAACCAUUCUUCCAACUCGCUCCCGAGAUGUGAGCUCGAGAGACUCGAAAAUUAUGUGAACGAACCUAUAAAAUUAGCGGGAAAUAUCACCGUCGGCCGGUUUCUAAAUAUGGACGCAUUAAGAGGAACAUUUUCUCGGGAACAAACGAAGUUGUUCUGGAUAGAUGCGCUCUGUAUUCCAGUGAAAGCGGAUGAUGGCGAUGCAAAAGACUCCAAUGAAUUGAGAUGGCAAGCGAUCGCUAAGAUCAAUCCCGUAUUUGCAGGCGCGAAUAGAGCCAUUGUUCUUGAUUCCGAGAUUAUGGAACACGUUCGCGUGAAGAGUUCAGAGUCGUGCGAGUUCUCGGCACGAUUGUUGUUCUCCACCUGGAUGGGAAGAUGUUGGACGCUCAAUGAAGGCGCUCUCAGUCCAUUAUGCCAAUUGCGUUGCGUUGGGAACUCAGUUGAUCCGAUCUCAUACACACGCGACCUUUUAGAUUGGGGUUUUUUGUCAAGUCCCGAUACAGCAUCUGCCUUACGCGAUAUGGUACGAUACUUCCCAGGUUGGCGUAACAUUGCAAAUGUUUUGUCGCCCAGAGUAAGUCGCGAUGUUGCCGCACGUGCACAUUAUGCGAAGAGAUUUGAAAGCCGAAUAGAGAAGCUGCUGCGCAUUCCUCUGGAGAAGGGAUUAGAUCAUUCAUUCCUCCAGGAAUGGAAGUCGAAGGGUAGUGAUUUCAUUGAAGUACGAGACCGGCUGCAGCAUUUCCGGGCUUGCUGGAACGCUCUUGCUAGGCGCGAAACAUCUCGAUCUGAAGACAGAUUAUCAAUUUUGGCCAACUUAUUGGAUCUGAACAUGUUUCACAUCAUCAGCUCUCCACGGCCAAUGAUGACUCUACUAAGGAGCUUACCCGGUGUAUCCCUGUCAAUUCUCUACAUUCCGAAAUUAGAUACGACCGCGGAGGAUACGAGAGUCGCAAGUGCGAGCGACAAAGAACACAAGGCUCGAGAAGAUGAGUACAAUAGAUGGCUUCCUCUUUAUCCAAGUAGGUUUGAGCUGGCCUCUGAGGAGUUUAUGAUAUGGGCAGAGGGAUAUCUGGAUUUGGAGAAAAAGCCAAAUGGUACAGACCUGUUCAUGGCCAAUCCUAGCAUACUCGACGUGAAUACGCUGUGGAUUUCGAAAGCCCGGUACCAUGUCGAGUUCAUUCGAUCAGCCAAUGACGACUUCGCCAAACGCUACAAUGGGGCAAUUUGUCUCCUCAUCGAUAGAGACGAUUAUCGACAAGGCCUUCAUGGGAAAUUGCAUACAAUCGCUCUCCGAGGAGCAUGCUUGCAGGUUUUGACAGCGGUUGAAAAGAAUGACUCAGCACAUCAAGGUGAAAGGAUGAUUGAAGAGGACGACUUGGGGAGGGCCGGUACAUGCUCACCUGAUGGAAAACCUGAACUUCACAUCUCUGCCGUGUAUGACUGUCCAAUCCGUCUGACGAGGCUUCUUGAGGAAACUAAAACAAGUUGUGACGGUGAUCGCAUCAUUACAUACCGAAGAGUUCAGCGUUGGUCUUUGAAAAUACUUCAUAGUAAGUCCCCGUACUUCAAGAUGAGAAGGCUCUCGAUCUGGACUGACACAGACCGUAUUACUGCCUUAGAUUGCCCCGAAUCGGCAGCACUACCGUUUCGCAAGGUGGUUGUUGAUUACACGACGUGUUCAUGUAUUUUGAUGGGAACAUUGGCAGCGCCAGGUAUCGUCAUUGCCGUAGUUGCGCUCCUAGCACUCGUUGCAAUCAUUAUCAGGUCUUUCUUCAAACUGUUUUGGGUAGAGGCAGCGGCCAUGAUAGUUAAUCUUUAUGUGAGUCCAGCUCUUGUCCUUUUCGAGACACUCGGAGGGGUUUCCCGGGCAAUUGUUCUCUCUAUUCCCCCAACCAUCUACGCCUAUGCGAAGAACCGGGCCGGCAGCACUUCCACCCUGGACAGCAUUUAUAUCUAUUCUUCAUUUUUGGCAAAUGGAUGUGCCUUAGUUACGCUCAUAGCUUCCAGGUUCUGGCUUGGCCCCCGGAUACGCAAGGAGUGGCUGGCUAGCUUCAAUCAAGGAGAAGCAAAUGAGAAUGAGCUGAAAUGGUUGCGAAGGGCACAGAGGAUACAACCUUUAUUCGAGGCCAUCUUUGAUAUCUUUGACAAGGCCCUCGACAUGAUCUUUGGUGACUAA